GGCUUAUAAGGGACUUUUUAUUGGACUGACCCCAUCCAGGACACAUUUUCAAUUUAGAAAAUAUCUACAGAUGCUGCUGAUGAACGGAAGUUUGAUCUUUUCAGAUAUUUCCUGAGGAUUAUUGCUGGACUUUUGAAUUUUUUUUUUUUUUGUAUUUUAAUACAGAUUUAAUUCAGUGUCAUCAUGAAGUUGACAGGGAUAUUUUUGUUAUUGAUGCUGCGGAGCUGUGAGGGUGCAAGAAUCGCAGAGAGCGGAGAGGACAACAGCGUGUACGACUUGUUCGAGCUGAUCCAAGUCCCGAAAAAGAACCACGGAGUCAACCAGGUGAAAGGAGACGACCCGUACAGCCCCGCCUACAAGAUCCUCAACCCGGACCUGAUCCCCCCGGUCCCCGAGAGCGCCCUCCGGGACCUGAUCGACUCCAUCCACGAAGAAAGAGGCUUCCUCCUCCUGCUCAACUUCAAGCAAUCCAAACGCACCCGAGGCAGCCUCCUGACCGUGGAGAAGAAGGACGGAUCCGGCCCCGUGUUUGAGAUCGUCUCCAACGGAAAGGCGAACACUUUGGACAUCGUUUUCUCCACCGAGAAGAAGCAGCAUUUGGUCUCCAUCGAGGAUGCGGAUCUGGCUACGGGACAGUGGAAGAACAUCACGCUGUUCGUGCAGGAGGACCGGGCUCAGCUGUACGCCGGAUGCGAGGACGUCAACACGGCCGAGCUGGACGCGUCCAUCCAGAGCAUCCUCACUACGGAGACGCCCAACAGUGCGCGGCUCCGGAUCGGGAAAGGAGCGGUGAAGGACAGGUUCAUGGGAGUCCUUCAAAACGUGCGCUUUGUUUUUGGAACAACCCUGGAGGCAAUCCUUCGCAACAAGGGGUGUCAGAGCUCGACAGAUGCCGCCAUCAUGGAGAAUCUCAACGGUUCCUCAGCCAUCAGGACGGAGUACACCGGACAUAAAACUAAAGAUCUGCAGAUGGUCUGCGGCUUCUCCUGCGAUGACCUGGUCAGCAUGUUCAAGGAGCUGAAGGGUCUGGGCGUGGUGGUCAAAGAGCUGUCCCUUGAGCUCCGCAAGUUGACCAACGAAAACAAGCUGAUUAAGAACCGCAUCGGCAUCCACAGUGGCGUCUGCAUUCAUAACGACAUUGUGCACAAGAACAGGGAAGAGUGGACCGUGGACGACUGCACAGAGUGCACUUGUCAGAACUCUGCCAUAGUCUGUCGUAAGAUCUCCUGCCCUCUGAUUCCCUGCGCUAACGCUACCGUACCCGACGGGGAGUGUUGUCCACGCUGCGGAACACCGAGCGACUACGCAGAGGAUGGCUGGUCGCCGUGGUCUGAAUGGACCCAUUGUUCCGUGUCAUGUGGGCGGGGCAUUCAGCAGCGCGGGCGCUCUUGCGACCGUCUCAAUAACAACUGCGAGGGCACCUCUGUGCAGACCCGAGACUGCUACCUCCAGGAGUGUGACAAGCGCUUCAAGCAGGAUGGCAGCUGGAGCCACUGGUCGCCAUGGUCCUCAUGCUCGGUUACCUGCGGCGCUGGUGUCAUCACCCGCAUCCGGCUGUGCAAUUCUCCAACCCCCCAGUUCGGAGGCAAGGACUGCGUGGGAGAGGGUCGGCAAACGGAAAAGUGUCAAAAGUCUCCAUGCCCCAUCAAUGGCAACUGGGGACCCUGGUCGCCAUGGGAUACGUGCUCCGUUACGUGUGGAGGUGGCACGCAGACUCGUAAGCGGCUGUGCAAUAACCCUGAACCCAAAUAUGGUGGGAAGGAGUGCGUCGGUGACACCAAAGAAAUGCAGACGUGCAACAAGAAGAACUGUCCAGUUGAUGGAUGCCUUUCAAAUCCUUGUUUCGCUGGGGCCAAGUGCACCAGUUUCCCUGAUGGUUCCUGGAAAUGUGGGAAAUGCCCUGUGGGCUAUAGUGGCAAUGGUAUCAAAUGUAAAGAUAUUGAUGAGUGCAAAGAAGUCCCAGACGCUUGCUUUGAGUUCAACGGUGUACACCGCUGUGAGAACACAGAGCCUGGCUACAACUGUCUUCCCUGCCCCCCUCGUUAUUCAGGACCUCAGCCCUUUGGUAAAGGUGUGGAGCAGGCGGCGGCAAACAAACAGGUCUGCUCACCACGAAAUCCCUGCCUGGAUGGAAGCCACAACUGCAACAAACACGCCCGCUGUAACUACGUGGGACAUUUCUCCGAUCCCAUGUUCCGAUGCGAGUGCAAACCAGGCUACGCCGGAAAUGGACAUAUCUGUGGAGAGGACACCGAUCUGGAUGGAUGGCCCAAUGCUGACUUGGUUUGCGUGGAGAACGCCACCUACCACUGCAAAAAGGACAACUGCCCCAACCUACCCAACUCUGGGCAGGAAGAUUACGAUAAGGACGGCAUUGGAGAUGCUUGCGAUAUCGAUGAUGACAACGAUGGCAUUCCUGACGACAGGGACAACUGUCCGUUUAUCUUCAACCCCAGACAGUACGACUACGACCGUGAUGACGUUGGCGAUCGCUGUGACAACUGCCCUUACAAUAGCAACCCUGACCAAACAGACACGGACAACAAUGGAGAGGGAGAUGCCUGCGCUGUAGACAUUGAUGGAGAUGGCAUCCUUAACGAAAAGGACAACUGCCCCUACGUUUAUAAUGUCGACCAACGAGACACAGACUUGGACGGGGUGGGAGACAUGUGUGACAACUGUCCUCUGGAACAUAAUCCAGAUCAGGUGGAUUCUGAUGAUGACCGCGUGGGAGACAAGUGUGACAGCAACCAGGAUAUCGACGAGGAUGGGCACCAGAACAAUCUGGACAACUGCCCAUACAUCCCGAAUGCCAAUCAGGCCGAUCACGACAAGGACGGAAAAGGAGACGCCUGCGACCACGACGACGACAACGAUGGCAUCCCAGAUGAGAAGGACAACUGUAGACUCGCCUUCAAUCCUGACCAGGUUGACUCUGAUGGCGAUGGCCGUGGAGAUGCAUGCAAAGACGACUUUGACCAAGACAACGUGCCCGACAUCUACGACGUGUGUCCGGAGAACUUUGACAUUAGCGAGACAGACUUCCGCAAGUUCCAGAUGGUUCCUCUGGAUCCAAAAGGCACUUCCCAGAUCGAUCCUAACUGGGUGGUCCGUCACCAGGGUAAAGAACUUGUCCAAACAGUCAACUGUGACCCCGGAAUUGCUGUCGGCUACCAUGAGUUCAAUUCGGUGGACUUCAGCGGGACCUUCUUCAUCAACACCGAGAGAGACGACGACUAUGCCGGCUUUGUGUUUGGGUACCAGUCUAGCUCCAGGUUCUAUGUGGUGAUGUGGAAGCAGAUUACUCAGACCUACUGGUCCAACAAACCCACUAAGGCCCAGGGCUACUCCGGCCUGUCCAUCAAAGUGGUCAAUUCCACCACUGGCCCAGGAGAACACCUCAGGAAUGCCCUCUGGCAUACCGGGAAUACUCCAGGACAGGUCCGCACUCUUUGGCACGACCCUAAGAACGUUGGAUGGAAAGAUUUCACUGCCUACAGAUGGCAUCUGAUCCACAGACCAAGAACAGGACAUAUCAGAGUUGUGAUGUACGAAGGAAAGAAGAUUAUGGCCGAUUCUGGUAGCAUCUACGACAAGACCUAUGCAGGAGGAAGACUAGGUCUUUUUGUCUUCUCACAGGAGAUGGUUUACUUCUCAGACCUCAAGUAUGAGUGCAGAGAUGCAUAAAUGCAAAGCGCUGGAUGCUCUGAGGAAUGCACCUUUUCGUAGUCAUGAACUCUUUUUCAUUUUCUUGUAAAGUCCAGGGACCGAUUUUUUUUUUUUUUUUAAUCUCCGCAACGCUUUCUUAUGCAGUGUAGAGGGUGAAAGGGGAUGUGAUGCGAUCUCAGAGUGGCGAGAAGCCGCUUUGGGCCGAGCACCAAACGGCCUGAGUGCCGUUUGAGGAUCAGAGAGUCCCUUCUCCUCCACCCUUCCGCAAGAGCAGGGAGAAAAAGGAAAAUAUUCCCUCCCGCCCUGCCUUUGCCAGUAAGACACCAGCACCUUUCUGUCCCAGCUCUCCUUGUUUUCUUGCGCUCUGAAAGACCUCAUUCAUGUCUGUGCGGGAAAGGCUUCCCCAUAGACAACUAUGCACUUCCAAACGUUGACAUCCUCUCCCUGCCUUCCUCACCUUAGCCCUCUCUGGAUGGACAUCCCAAAGAAAAGACUGAGUACAUAUUCCAUUUGCUUUACCGGCUCGUACAUUCGGAAUGAUGGACUCACACAAAAAUGGCAGCAGUAACAUUUUAAGGAAUCUUUCUUGUUGAGGAAUUGAUGACUGAAGAAAUAAGGGGAACGUGAUCUCAUUGAUGUUUGUGCGUGGAUGGAAAAUGAAAGUACUUCAUGUACCUAAGAAAAGCCUAAAAAAAGGACAACAUACGCAGUACGGAGCUGAGUCACUUAGCCUUGUGUUCGUCCUGGAUUGCUAAACAUCUCUCAGGAAACAUCAAGAGCCACCAAUCAGCGUUCCCUCCAAAUCUGCUCAACAAGAGAAUAACCCUCAUCAUUUGAGGUGUGAAUUAGCUAUUAUGUAAAUACAUAGAAUUUAUUGACUCAUGCCUACAAUGUAGGCAGUAAAAACAAUUGGAAUACUCGAAAAAAAAAAAGUACCGACUAAAUUGGAUGAAAAAUGAACUCAAUCAUGAAACUGGAUGUGUUGCUCUUGCAAGAUGGCGACUUCCGUUUAUUAUUUGAAAGGAUUUUAGUACUUGUGAAUAAAACGGCAUUUCAUUCCAACACAAGCUACCCCAGUGAGAGUGACAGCAGAAUGGCAGAGUUCCUUUUUUAUGGAUAACUUUAUGGUAAAUAUGUCCAGACAUGGUAAAUUAUUUUUCUGUUUUGUCUUAGCUGUGUGUGAGAGGUCAUUGUGUGUGUGUGUGUGUGUGUGUGUGUAGAUAAAUGCUAUUUAAAUAAUUUAUCUGGAUGUGUUGCCGUACAAAAGGGCACGUGUCCGUCUGUAUAAACGGUUUGCACACUGACGUGAGGAUGUUGUAUUCUUUUAUCAUUUUGUGUAUCGAUAUUAUGGUUAUUUUUGUACAAUUAGUUUUGCUCGUCUGUAAACAUGUUCUUAGUUGUACAAAGCUAAAAAAAAAAUGCUGUUUUUAUUCAUAGUGAUUAUUUUGUUACACAUUUCAAGAUAAUAAAUAGUUCAAAGAUUCA